AUGGCAGAACUUCAGUGGGGCUCUUUUGACCACCGGUUAACUUGUCCAAACCUGCCUGGGAUGGUUUGGUCAGCCGAUCUCGAGAUGGAAUUGGCUGAAGCUGAUGAUAUUAUGGGGGAUGCCAGGGGCCACCUGGUGUCAGAGCGGCUGGGCCUUGGCAACAAUCUGGACCUGUCAGACACCAUGGUCCAACAGAAACUGGAAGAGAUCAAGGAGCAGAUUCGGCGUGAGAUCCGAAAGGAGCUUAAGAUCAAAGAAGGGGCAGAGAACCUGCGCAAGGUCACCACAGACAAGAAGAGCCUGGCUUAUGUCGACAAUAUGCUGAAAAAAUCGAACAAGAAGGUUGAGGAGCUUCACCAGGAGCUACAGGAGCUCAACGCCCACAUUGUGGUGAAAGAUCCCGAAGAACUGCAAGAAUGCCCCCUGACGCCAGAUACCCCAAACAGCGAGAGCCGAAUGUGCACCAGCAGCAGCCGCCUGGCCGCCCUGAAAAGACAAAACGACAUCGAGCUCAAGGUCAAACAGGGCGCGGAGAACAUGAUUCAGAUGUACUCCAAUGGGCCAUCGAAGGAUCGCAAGCUGCUGGCAACGGCGCAGCAGUUGCUUCAGGACAGCAAGAUGAAGAUCGAGUUCAUCAGAAUGCAGAUCCUUAAGGCAAGCCAGGCCAACGAGUUGAGCUUUGAGAACAACGACGUGAUUGACAAGGCCAUCAUCAGCCCUUUGGACCUUCGGGUGGAGGAGUUGUGUCACCAUGCCAGGAUAGAGUCUGCCGUGGCGGAGGGAGCCAAGAACGUUAUGAAACUUCUUGGCACAGGAAAAGUCACAGAAAAGAGAGCACAUUUAGAGGCCCAGGCUCGCUUUAACGAAUCCAGCCAGAAGCUCGACCUCCUCCGCUACUCCUUGGAGCAGCGCCUCAGCGAGCUGCCGAAGAACCAUCCGCGCAACAGCAGCAUCGUGGAGGAGCUGUCGCUCCUAUCCACGCCGGUCCUCAGCCCGCGAUCCAGCAUCAUCUCCACGCAGAACCAGUACAGCACGGUGACCAAGCCCGCCGCGCUGACAGGCACCUUAGAUGUCAGGCUCAUGGGCUGUCAAGACCUGCUGGAAAACGUUCCCGGCCGCUCCAAAGCCGCAUCUGUCCCGCUGCCUGGCUGGAGCCCCAGUGAAACGCGUUCAUCCUUCAUAAGCAGAGCCAACCGAAACCGCAGCCUCAGUUCGCGGAACAUGACGAAAAGCGAGGAGCUCUCGAAUGAGAUUAGUGCAGUUUUGAAGUUGGACAACACGGUUGUCGGUCAAACCAGCUGGAGGCCGGUCAGCAACCAGGCCUGGGACCACAAGUUUACAUUGGAGCUGGACCGGUCCCGCGAGCUGGAGAUCUCGGUAUACUGGCGUGACUGGCGCUCACUUUGCGCAGUCAAGUUCCUGCGUCUUGAGGACUUCCUGGACAACCAGCGGCACGGCAUGUGUUUGUACCUGGAGCCGCAGGGCAUGCUCUUUGCUGAGGUAACGUUUUUUAAUCCGGUCAUCGAGAGACGACCAAAGUUGCAAAGACAAAAGAAGAUUUUCUCGAAGCAGCAAGGUAAGACUUUCCUGCGAGCCCCUCAAAUGAACAUCAACAUCGCUACAUGGGGCCGCCUGGUGAGAAGAGCCAUUCCGACUGUGAGCACCAACUCCUUCAGUCCGCAGGCGGCUGAGACCGGGUCCAGCAGCAUCCCGGGUUCACCCACACCCAGCAGCGAUCCACUGGUGACCAAGCUGGACUUUGACAGGGAGCCGACCCCAGGACCCAAGUUCUACCCCGCGCCCGACAGCAUACGACAACCACCGGAGCCCCACGACAUGCUGCCUGACAAAGAGGAAGUGCAGCCUUUCGGUUCGUCCCUCCAAGAUGCGCUCGCCUCAUUCGACUUCCUGAACAAGAGGAACAGCGUGACGGUGAAGCCUGAUCUGAACCUGGUGGCGGAGACGGAGCUUCAGCAUCCGGACCUGGAGCUCACGGCCUUCCCAAAAGAUGCAGAGAUAAGGGAAGAGGAGCAGUUUCACUUCAGUCUCAAAGACUUCAAAUGUGUUGCAGUCCUUGGACGCGGCCACUUUGGAAAGGUAUUGUUAGCCGAGUAUAAAAGUACAGGCGAAAUGUUCGCCAUCAAAGCUCUGAAGAAAGGCGACAUUGUGGCACGCGACGAAGUCGACAGUCUGAUGUGCGAGAAGCGGAUCUUUGAGACGGUCAACAGCGUGCGCCACCCGUUCCUGGUCAACUUGUUUGCAUGCUUCCAGACACAGGAGCAUGUGUGCUUUGUCAUGGAGUACGCGGCGGGAGGCGAUUUGAUGAUGCACAUCCACGCCGACGUCUUCUCCGAACCGCGGGCCAUAUUUUAUGCGGCCUGUGUCGUGCUGGGAUUACAGUAUUUACAUGACCACAAAAUUGUGUACAGAGACCUGAAGCUGGACAACCUGCUCCUGGACACUGAAGGUUAUGUGAAGAUUGCCGAUUUUGGCCUUUGCAAAGAAGGAAUGGGCUUCAGGGACAGAACCAGCACUUUCUGCGGAACACCCGAGUUUUUGGCCCCCGAGGUCUUGACUGAAACGUCGUACACCCGCGCCGUGGACUGGUGGGGGCUGGGAGUGCUCAUUUUUGAGAUGCUGGUGGGGGAGUCGCCGUUCCCCGGCGAUGACGAGGAGGAGGUAUUUGACAGCAUCGUCAACGACGAAGUCCGCUACCCACGAUUCCUUUCCACGGAAGCCAUCUCCAUCAUGAGGAGGCUUUUGAGAAGAAGCCCCGAGCGUCGUCUUGGAGCAGGAGAAAGGGACGCCGAGGAAGUCAAGAAACACUUAUUCUUCAGGAACAUGGACUGGAACGGCCUCCUGUCCAAGAAAGUGAAGCCCCCAUUUGUGCCGACCAUCCAGGGCGCAAACGACGUCAGCAACUUUGACGAUGAAUUCACCUCAGAGGCGCCCAUUCUGACCCCACCCAGGGAGCCGCGGGUGCUCAACUCGGACGAGCAGAACAUGUUCUCCGACUUUGAUUACAUCGCUGACUGGUGUUAGCGCCACACGUGACAACGCCGCUCAUAACUUUUCUCUACAAAAAAGGUUUGAGGAAUCGGAGACGCUUCCCUGAGGAAUCCCACUUUGGAAAAAAAAAAAUAAUCAUGAAGAAUUUUUUUUUUAACGAGAGAAAAAACUUUGAGAAACUAAAGGAGGAUGGAGCAUGCUGUCUGACCACUGAGAAUGUUUUUCAUACGAACUCGAGACUGGAGACGGCAGUCCCGAUCAUUCACUGACACUCAUUCGUGUUUUUUUUUUUUUUUUUUGUUUUGUUUUGUUUUAUUUUGUUUUGAAUAUGUACAGUUUCUUCAGUCAAAUAUUUUAUUGCCUCAUUUUCGUGCGCAAGAAUUAUGAUCUCUCUUGAAACUGGCAUUCAGUCAUUUUUUUUAAAAUGCUAAAAAUAUCACUGAAGCCCAACAACACAUCUUGACUACUAUUUUUUUGUUCAGUUGAACUUUUUUUUUUUUUUUUUGCCAUUUUCAUACAGACUCACAUCUGAAUUCAGCACCUGUCCAUCCAGUGUUAUGACACAUACUAUAAAAAAAUCCAGUUUUGGAAUUAAAAUAUUUGAAAUGAAAGCAUUAGAAGCCUUCAGGCCGGUGGUUCUCAAACUGUGGGUCUGCAAAAUACAUUGCAAUAAAUUGUCGCAUCAAAAAAAAAGUACAUACAAACUGGAAUGAACAAAUUACUACUCCCUACCUGAAGCUUUGGACCAGUUAAAAGCUCUGAUAUAAUUGCUAUAUUUUCACAUAAAUCUGACAUAACGUGAUUAUAGGAAUAGUCCAUUUUUUAAAGAAAAAAAUACCUAUUUUUUGAGAAUAUAGUCCUAUAUUUGACAGAAUAAAGAUGUCUUCAGGAAUAAGAAAAAAAACCCGAUGUAAUAUGAAUGCUUUUUAAAUUAAAAUGUUUAAAUAUGGCAUUCUUGUUAAACUUUUAUUUAAUAGCACAUUACAAUUUUAUAUCAGGAAAAUAUGGCUAUAUAGUAUUCUCACAAGAUCACAAUUUUUAAUACCCACAAAAUGUUGUUAGCCUAAUAGCAUUCCUGCCAGUCAUUUAUGAAUGUUUUUGGAAAAUUCUGGGGGGAAAAAAAGUCCAAUUGCCAUGGUUCAACCUUUUGUAGAUUGACACAAAGAAAAAUUUUUUUUUAGCAAGUCCAUUGAUGAUUUAUUUGGAUUGUGAUGGUACAUUAAAAAUGACUUAGCUAAUUUUGCUAUUAGGCUAACAUUGUCUUAUUGUAAAGAUUGCGACUUUUGUCACCUUGAAAAAAAUGCUACUUUAUUAUCACGACGUCACCCCCCCCGCCCCUUUCGAAAAAGAUUGGAACAAAUACCCCAUGCCUUUUUUUGUCCUCACAAACAGGCAACUCUUCAACUCCCUAUGGUAUUUAGGGGUAUGGUAGUUUGGGGUUCAAUUGGUGUCAGCAAUAUGACAGGGGUCUUGGGGGUGAGGGGGUGUGGGGAACAAUUCUCCCUGGCCCAAAAAGUUUGAGAACCCCUGCUUUCAGCCACAUACGAUCCAAACUAGGUUGAUUUUGUAAUACUGGGUUAGCUGAGAUCAGUCUGACAUAUUUCUUGUUGCCUCAGUUACUGUGACUUGCAGCUAUGCCACCAAAUUAGUGUUGAAGUGACAGCUCUUCUUGAAAGUUGUUUUUUUUUUUUUUAUACACUAUAUUGUACAUAAAUCCUGAAGACCUAUCAAUUAGAAACCUGUUUGAAUUAUAUAUAUAUAUAUAUCUCACACGCACAUACACAAUGAAGCUGAAAAGCACUAAGAUGAAAACACUAAAUUUAUCAAUGGAAAUAAGAAAUUGUACAGUUUUUUUUUAACUCAGCUGUGUAUGUUAGCAGAACAAACAAACUUGAUGGAUGGUACAGCAAUAUAUAUCUAUAUAUAUAUAUAUAUAUAUAUAUAUAUAUAUAUUCUCAGGUCACGACUGAUGCUCUUCACCCUAGUGUUUUUUUUUCCAGUCUAUGUCUAUCAUGAAUGCACAAAUUAAACCUAAUAGUGGAUUUA